CGCAGCAGUAGAAGUACUAAUGCGUGCUGCGAUUUGAUGUGUCUAAAUCCAUCGCUACAGUGCUCCGUGAAUUUCGUGUACGCCACAGGAAAACAACAUUAUCAGAUGGUACCGGCAGUUUGUGGACAGUGGGUGUGGUUCUCCGAAAAUUAACGUAUUCUGUGCUGUCUCUCAACAAAAAGUGUACUGGCCUUUUUUCUUCGCUGAAGCAACGGUGACUGGGAACACCUACCAAAACAUGCUGGAAAAUUUGUUGUUUCCAGAACUGGCCAAUGAUUCCAAUGACUACAUUUUCCAACAGGACGGUGCUCCCCCACAUUUCCAUCGCAGUGUGAGAGGUUUGCUUAAUCUGGUCCUUCCGCAAUGAUGGAUUGGACGUACUGCAGGUGAAGAUGCCCCCCUUCUCCGGUGGCUACCCCGGUCCCCAGUCAUAACUACAUGUGAUUUCAUCUUGUGGGGGUGCGUGAAGAACAUGGUUUAUGUACCCCCAUUGCCACAAUCGCUCCAGGAUCUCCGAAACAGAAUCAAUCGUGCUGUGGAGACCAUCACACCUGAAAUGCUGCAGCGGGUGUAACAGGAAUUCGACUAUCGCAUUGAUGUGUGCCGGAUAACGAAAGUGUAGAUUGCUAUAUCCUGGAGGCUGGAGAAGACCACAAGGGGCGAGGGAUCCAUGUGAUUGUACUGAACAUGGCAAGUGGGAGUGUGAUGGCCAAGCGUAAGUUCGAUACGUACUCACCACACGAAGACGAAGCCAUGACACUCUUUCUGAACAUGGUUUCUGAUGGUAGAGUCGUCAUAUUCGCCAUAAAGGAUGAAGGAACAUUCCAGAUGAAGCGUGCCAGCCAUAGACCUCCUGAAGAGACUGGGUUCAAAGCGAGCCCAGAUAAUUGGAUGGAGAGACAUGUGGGCCAUGCUGGUGAAUAAUAAGGUUCAUGAUGUACCAGUGGCUGUCAUUGCAAGCAACAGGCCUCAUUACUUGUACAGGAUGCUGAGGUCUCUCCUCUCUGCACAUGGAGCAAAUCCAGAGAUGAUAACAGUCUUUAUUGAUGGCUACUUUGAGGAACCUCUUGAGGUGACAAAACUCUUUGGAUUGCAAGGAAUUCAGCACACACCAAUUGGAAUUAAGAACGCCAGAAUAUCUCAGUACUACAAGGCUUCUCUGACAGCAACAUUCAACAUAUUUCCCAAUACCAAAUAUGUAAUUAUUGUGGAAGAAGAUCUGGAUGUGUCUCCAGACUUCUUCAGUGUUCAGAUGUGGAACUGGGAUAUGUGGAUGCGGCUGCCUGAGGUUUGGAAAGGCAGAGAGUGUGCGAUUCCAGACGUGCCUCGGACGUACCAUCAGUACCUUGCCAUAUGUGAAGCUGAAACUUGUUGACAGGCCUGCGACUCACCAGCAUGAGACCUCAAGUGACUCGUCUGCCAUAAGAGGAAGGAGUUGUUGCUGUACAGUCAUAAUGAGCAAGUUCCAGCAUUUCUCUGAUGUCCAUUAUGCUGUCCUAUCAUCCAUGCAUGGCUCUUUCAGAUAGCCUUUUCUCUUGCAGCUAUGCCACCAGAAUCUCUGCAUGUCAAGACUGAAGUGAAAAUCAGUGCAUGUCAGGACUGAAAUGAAAAUCUGUGCUUGUCAAGACUAAAGUGAAAAUCUCUGCAAGUCAGGAUCGAAGUGAAAAUCUGUGCAAGUCAGGACCAAGGUGAAAAUCUGUGAAAAUCAGGACUGAAGUCAAAAUCUAUGCAUGUCAAGACCAAAACAUGACAGGAAGAUACUAUUACAGUAUUACAGGAAGAAAUGUCAGUUUGAUGUGUGUGACCAUGUCAGACUGAUACUUAUGUGUCCAACAAACUGCCUCUCUUGCUUUACUAUGUUUGCAUACAGGAGGGUAACACAUAUGCAUGAUAUCAUUCAAAUUUGUGUCUUGCUUUGAUGCCGUCGAUGUGCAACAUCGGUUACUAUUCAUUUGAAUUUCUUUAUUGACACUACAUGUUUCAGCCCAACCUGCCAUCUUCAGGUGUACAGGUUGUUGUGAUUGCAGAAUCUGCUGCUCGCUGUAAUGCUGUUUUGCUUCUGUUAUGUGGAGACCUCGGAUUGCAUCUGGUUAUGUGGGUUAGUCAUCUGUUUUUUUUUUAUUAUUAUUUAUUUAGGUGUCCUUGAGUUGCUGGUGUUUGCUUCAUGGUUUUGUUUGUCUGUGGCUGUCUUGAAUGUUCUUGCUGGGGCGGGAAUUUGUUGUGUUGAUGGCCAACCACAGCACAACAAAUAUGCUCAGCUCAAGGACAUCUAAACAAAAAAUGGAUGGUU